GAAAUAGUUCAUGCAUUGAUUUAGCAGAUUAAAAUAUAAUUUUCAUAUGACUGUCUUUAAAAGUAAAUGUAUUAUUUGCAGCUCAUGAGUCAAGCAGAGGGGCGGAGCUCUGAGGAGGAGGAAGGCUCCAGUGAGAGGGCCACGCCCAUUUCUGCAAUGGCUCCAGAAGCUGAUGCACAUCAUGAACAACCUGCUGUCAUAUCAUCAAAUCCAGCCCUGCAGGACCUGGAACAGCUGUUCUCCAUGGGAAAGAUCAGCGGGGAGAAAAUGGCUCGUCUUAGGGCCAGCUUCAACCUCUUACAUGAAACUCUAAGAAGUUCUCAGGAAACAGAAAUGCAUCUGCUGCAGGAGGCAAAGGCCUUACGCACCACACUGGAUCAGCAGAAGCAGGAGCUGGAGAAGGCCGAGCUGUUUCCUGAGGGACCAGACACAGAGGUCAGCAGACUAAAACAAACGCUUCUGCAGUACUACAACCAGCUGAAGGAGGAGGAAGAAAGAGAAUACCAGAUGCAGUUCCAGUUUGAGUGUCUAAAAGAGGAGAAGCUCUGUCUUGAGAAAGAAUACCAGGAACAACCUAAACCAUCUGAGCUAGAAAAUAGGUACAUUGCCAUGAAGAACAGUUGUGAGGAGGUGAGGAAAGAGGUGGUUCAGCUUAGACAGGAAGUAAAGACUUUAAGUGAGAGCAUGGAGACUCAACACAAACAUAUAAAGAAAGAACAACAUGAGCUGGAGAAAUUAAAAGAUCUUGUUGAAAGCAAUGAGGCUGAGCUGGCUCAGGUGCUUCUCAUACCUGUUCAACUGGGAAAGGAGAUCGACAGGAUUGCCCACAAGAAAUCGGAGCUGGGGAAGCAGGUUGCAGUAAUAGGGCAACACCGUAUGCAGCACAUGGAGCAUCAGCAGAGGAUGGAAGCUAAGUGCGAGGAGGUGAAGGAGGCCAAAAGAGAGGUGGUACGAGAACUAGAAGGCCACAAGUCGCAGCUGGUGGCUGCAGAGAACAAACAAGACAGACUUCUCAAAGAACUGCAGAUGACCAAAGAAAAAGAGGCCAUGUUCAUGGAUCAAAGGGGUCUGCUGGAUAUCAACAUGGAGCAGAUUGUUGCUGAGUGCAAGUCUCUGCGUGAUAAACUGGCUCGAGAUACGCGGCUGAAAGACAAGCUUAUGCGAGCCCUGAAGAGGAAUGAACUGCAGCUGAAACAGGCCAGAGACUCUCUUGCUAACACUCAACAGCAGCAUGAGAGGACGCAGGCUCAGAGAGAGACAGUCCCAGAGGGUGACUGCUUGUUGCAGAGAAGAAGAGAUCUGGAAAAGGAAGUGGAAAACCUAAAACGUAGUUGGAUUAGCAAGCAGUCUGUGGCAGAUCUGAAGGUCCAGCUGGUUCAAGAGUACGUGGAGCAGGAACAGGCUUUGAUUAGAGAGUCCUAUCGCCGUAGAGACGAGCUUCAUCACCUUCAUCAUCUCAUACUUAUCAAAGCAGAUGAAAGAGAGCAGAAGAGCCGUGAGCUGCUCAAAGCACAGCUAAAAUAUAAUCGUGCCAAGCAAGAUCUGCAGGGGAAAGGACUGGUUAUUCAAGAACACUUGAAACAGACUCAAGAGACCCAGUCAAGGCUGGGUGUGUUUGCUAAACUGUAUGAAGUCACCAAGGGUGAGCGGAACAAAUACCUGAGCCUGAUCCACAUCUCAAACCAGAACCUGGCAGAGGUGCAAGAGAAGCUGGUUAAACUGGAAGAAAAUCUUAAGACACUGCAAUUGAUUGCUAUCAACAAAGACAAGUUGCUGCAAAAGUCCCGUCUACAACACUCUCACAGCUACAAGCUCAGAGACCGUAUGAAGAACGAGCUCUCACGGGUGUUACAGGUUCUGCAAGAAAUGCACCAGAAACGAGAGGAGCAGAAAUUAAACCUCGGCAGGCUCACAGACACAAUCAACAUGCUGGAGCAAAAAAAGUUGCAUAUGUGCAAGAGCUACGAGGCUGCUAUGCAAGAGCGCAACCAGCGGGCCGUGCAGCUUGUAGAAAAAGAGCAGGAAUUGUGUAUUUUCUAUGAGAAGCUAAAUGUGCUGGUGAAAAUGAUCGAAGACAGCAACCUGAAGAUACAGAACAUGGAGGAUGAAAUCAGCAACCUGAAAAUUGAUCAGAAGGAGCAAGAAAGACAGAAUAACUUUCUCAGGAAACAGUUGUCCAGCAAACGGGCACUGGAGGAAGAAAGCAUCCUAUUACAGAUACAGCUGUCUGAGACGAAAGACAGACUGACUGAGCUAGAAAAGGCUUGUGUGAACCAUACCAGAGCCAGAAAACUGAGUGGAGAAGAUCCGUCUCCUGAGGAGCUCAUCAAGAAGAUUGAACAAUUAGAGGUGCAUUUGACCGAUAAGGAGGCUCAGCUCUUGGAAAUGGAGCUUGUGUAUGAGCAGGUUACACGCCUUUCCCAGCGCAUCCAAAUCAAAGCUGAGAAUGGUAAAGAAGACACGCUGCAUCUGGCUAAGAAUGUGAACGAGCUGCAGGCUCAGAUCAGGGAGCGCACUCGUAAAAUGAUGGCAGUGGUAGCAGAGCUGUCCAUGAGACAAGCGGAGUGUAUGACCCUACAGCAGGAGAUGAAAGAGAAGGAACUACAGCUGGACUUGUGUCAGAGGAGUGUGGAACAAGGCCUGCCCCCCUCAGACAACAUAGAGAACGAGUGGCUGCGUUGCCUUCGAGAUCAGCACAGACGCCAGGCAGACGCAGAGGAAAAAGCCAGGCUGGCUGAGGAAGACGAGUGGAACCAUCUUCCAAACGGUGUUUACACCACGGCUGAACUGCGACCCAAUGCUUACAUCCCCACUGAUGAUCCUUUGCCAGUGCCCAAACACUACGGAGCCCUGGCCCCCUUUAAACCCACCGAACCUGGUGCCAACAUUCGCCACAUCCGCAAACCAAAAAACAAACCUAUUGAGAUCUAGAGAUUAAUUCUGACAUCUACGAAAGCAGCUCCAAGCUUGAGCAAGAAGUGGGGCAGGGGUCGGACCUCAUAAGACACAGAUUUCAAGAGGAGUUAAGUAGGAAACUUACCUCAGG